UUAAUUGUAAAUGUUUUAAAAGUAGGAACGGUUCCAAAUAAGUGUGAUCAAAACACUGUGAAUGCACAGAGUUUACCAAUUUCCUCGUUGUGAGAUUGAAGUUUUUCAUGUCAGAAAUGAGAGCUACAAUAGAAAUGAGGUUAUUUUAUGAUUCAUAUUGCCCACUGAAAACGGAAUUUGUGAAGUAAAUCAAGAAAUCACGCAAUAAAUUUCCCCCCUGGAACUCCAACCAAAAUAUUAAGCGUUGAUUAAAACUGAGAACAAAACACACCAAUGUUCAUGCAGUUCACUAGAAUCAUAUAUCCAUGAUUGGAAUAGUACAUACUCUCUGUUAUCAGUUUCUAUUUUAAUUUAUACUCCAGGAUUUUCAUUUCAGCUGUCUUGCGGAGUAACGCAUAAGGCAGAAAAAAACGAAAUAGGCUUGUUCAUACAUCAUAACAAAUAAUCGAAUAUUUAUGAAAAUCAUUCCAGUCUAUAUUCUACCCUCGAACUCAAAAUUUCUAUUCAAAAUGGAACGACGACGGUUGAACCAACAACUGAAGGAGAAGGAGAAGAAUUUCCUGAACUUCCCGCAAGCGCUCUUAUGUCUCCCGCGUUUUUCAUUUUUGCUAUCGGAUCUUGUCUGAUUAUAAGUUUAUUUGGUUCAGCAGUUAACUUUUUCCUAUUCUAUAAAUUUUUAAGACGAGACGGAAAACCCAACGGAUUUCAGAAAAUUUGUCUCGUGAAAACUCUUCCCAAUUUCGUUAUUUGUUUUGCAUUUUUACUAUGGGUUGUUCCUGUAACUGCUUUGAAUAUGACAUAUUCACAACUACCGUAUCGGUUAAAUAGUAUUAUUGGGAGUCUUGCUGGAUCAUGGGCCUAUCUUUUCACACCAUAUCUCCAAGUCAGUUUAUCAUGUAACAGAUUUUAUCUUCUAUAUUUUCCCUUCGGCCUCAAACCACUUAGAAAUAUUCCUGUGGCUAAUAUUGCAAUAACAAUGUCGAUACUUAUUGUCUCAUGUGUUUGCUCCGUCGGAUUACAAGAUACUUGUGGGUACGUAUAUGACCCAAACUUUUUCACUUGGCGUCCUGAAGAUCUUCCCUGUGCAGCUCAAGUUUCAGAAGUCAUUCUCUUCAUGAUAUUUCUCAUAACUUUUACAUCAAAUGCUCUUAACGUUGGUACAUGUAUUCGACUUCUUCUUAAUAAAAUGGUUGGAAUGAACAGAGAAGAAGCUAGCAGGCGACGAAAGAAAUGGAUGAUUAUGUUCACUCAGAGUGUGAUUCAAGAUUGUCUGCAUUUGUUUGACAUAAUAAAUGCCACUUGGAUAUGGAAAUUAAGUGACGAAUUAUGGUUUCAAUUCUUGUUUUUGACGCUGUCUUUUAUCAUAAUUUAUACAUUAGACGGAGUGGUUAUGUUCAUUUUCAACGCUGAUAUUCAACCGAAGUGGUUCAGAAAAGUGAUUCAAUUGCAAUCAACACGAAGUAGCAAUGUGAUCGUAGUUUCUUCAGUAGCAGCAUCUUCAAAUGCAGUACCACGACGGCGCAUUUAACUUAAUUUAAACUUAAUUUCUAUGAAAUUAUAGAUUAAAAUGUAUUUU